AUGAAACUCUCACUCCUCCUCGCCCUCACAACCGCAACCCUCACGCUCUCCCUCGCAAUCCCCAACCCAAUCACCCGCUCCGUCGAAAAGGGAUGUAAAGACUGCGGUUCCCCUUUCUCGACCGAUCCAUGUUGCGGGGGUCUUUUUGUUGGAGCUGAAGCUGAGAAGAGAGAAGCACAGGUGGUUGAGAUAGCUGCUCGCUCCGUCGAGGAGGCUGAUAAGGGAUGUAAAGACUGCGGUUCCCCUUUCUCAACCGAUCCAUGUUGUUUCGCCAGACGAGCUGCUGAAGCAGAGAUCGAAGCUCGUGAGGUAAAUACCACAGAAGCAGCGAACAAGAAAUGCAAAGACUGCGGCUCCCCCUUCUCAACCGACCCAUGUUGUUUCGCCAAACGCGCCGCCGAAGCAGAACUCCAAUCCCGCAACGCCGCCGCCGAACUCGCAUACCGCACCGCCCUCGAACAAACCUGCAAGAUCUGCGGCGGUCCCUUCGGCGGCUGGCGCUGCUGCAUCCCCGCUGAGAUCGAGACUCGCUCACCCACCCUCGAAGCGCGUGAGGCUCUUGAGCAAACCUGCAAGAUCUGCGGUGGACCAUUCGGCGGCUGGCGCUGCUGCGUCCCCGCAGAAAUCGCCGAGAUCGAAGCGCGAACAGAAGAAGCUGCUGAGAUCCAAGCGCGUGAGGGGCUCGAGCAAACCUGCAAGAUCUGCGGUGGGCCGUUUGGGGGUUGGAGAUGUUGCGUGCCUGCCGAGAUCGAAGCCCGCACCGCUGAACUCGAGACUCGCUCGUACGCAACUGAGCUGGAAGCGCGCGCAGCGCUCGAGAACACAUGUAAGAUCUGUGGUGGGCCGUUUGGGGGAUGGAGAUGCUGUGUACCUGCUGAGAUUGAGACGCGUGAGGAGAUGUGUCAGCGGGAUCCGCAAGAUCCUCAAUGCUCCGACGGAUCGAUUUGA